AUGGCGGUUCUAGAUUCUACGGACCUCUACCUGACAGCCCUAACAACCUUUUCACACCCACACCCGCCCCCACCUCAACUCUCUCUCCCUACACUUCCCCCCACAUUCCCCCACUCCAAACUCAUUCCCAGAACCCGUUUCGCCGUCGACGCUUUCCGCUACGCCGGCGAUUACUCCGUCUCUUACUUCCUCUCUCACUUCCACUCGGAUCACUACGGCGGUCUCUCUCCCAGUUGGUCUAAGGGCCUCGUGUUCUGCUCCCCCACCACCGCCCGUCUCCUCACACAGGUCCUCCGCGUCUCUUCUCUCUUUGUCGUUGCCCUCCCACUCCGACAACCCCUUGUCAUCGAUGGAUGCGAGGUUGUGCUUGUUGACGCCAAUCACUGUCCGGGUGCCGUUCAGUUCUUGUUCCAAGUCCCCCUUCCCGGCGGUGCCCAACUCUCCGAGAGGUAUCUUCAUACUGGUGAUUUUCGAUUUUCUCCUUGCAUGAAGUCGGACCCUUUUCUCUCUACAUUUGUGGGCUGCGAAGCCGUUUUCUUGGAUACCACUUAUUGUAAUCCCAAAUUCGUGUUUCCUUCGCAACAAGAAUCUGUUGAUUAUGUUUGUCGCGUGAUCCAGACGGAGACAGUUGUAGGCCAACCCAAAACUGUUCUCUUCCUUGUUGCUACUUAUGUUAUUGGGAAAGAGAAGAUUCUGUUGGAAAUUGCUCGUAGGUGUAACCGCAAAGUGCAUGUGGAUGCUCGGAAAAUGGCCGUCUUGCGCGUCUUGGGUUUCGGAGACAGUGGGGUGUUUACGGAGGAUGAAUGUGAGACUGAUGUGCAUGUUGUUGGGUGGAACGUCUUGGGUGACACUUGGCCAUAUUUCCGGCCUAAUUUUGUGAAAAUAGAGGAGAUUAUGGCUCAUAAGGGGUAUUCCAGGGUUGUAGGCUUUGUCCCUACUGGCUGGACUUAUGAAGUGAAGCGUAAUAAGUUUUCGGUAAGGUCAAAGGAUGCUCUUGAGAUCCAUCUUGUGCCCUACAGUGAACAUUCAAACUAUGAUGAACUUAGAGAAUACGUGCGGUUUUUGAAACCAAAACGCGUGAUUCCUACUGUGGGUUCCGAUGUCGAGAAGAUUGACAGUAAACAUGCCGGUAAAAUGCAAAAGCAUUUUGCUGGGUUGAUCGAUGAAAUGGCUAACAAAAAAGAGUUCUUGAGGGGUUUUCAUUGUGGGUCUACAGAAGUAGGUGGGAAGGUUGACAGUGAUGCCAAUGAUUGCCCCAUGGAUGGGCAGUAUCUGGAUGAAAAGGCAUCAACUGAUACUAAUGUUGGCGCUCCCAUUCAAUUGUUCUCUCCUCUCCAAGAACCUGAUUCACAAACUCCAAUGCUGUUAACUGAUGACAAAGAGGAGGAAAUCAUUCAAGAACUUCGUAAUUGUCUGCCUUCCUGGGUCACACGCCAGCAAAUGCUAGAGCUGAUUGGGAGCUCAGGAGGCGACAUUGUUGAAGCAGUCAGUAAAUUUUAUGAUCGUGAAACAGAAUUUCGUGGUCAAGGGAUUGCCUCUGCAACUGCUGUAUCUGUAUCCGAGACCAGCAAACUGUGUGACACUGCAACGCCGACAAAAGCAGGUUCUGUUCAUGCAAAUAUUGACGUUUCUUCAAGCCGAGAUCAUAUUUCACCCAACCCAAGUAACAUCAUCAUUAAAAGUGGCAUUUCUCCUGGCAAAAGAGGGAAGAAGAUUAGUAAUAAAGUAAACAAGAAACUCAAGUUACAGCCGAAGUUGGAGUCAUGUGGGCCAAAACAAUCAAUCAUAACAAGGUUUUUUAGUAAAGUUUUGCCUGAUGUUACAGCAAGUGGAGAGACUGGAUCCAUGGGUGAACAAAACCCUAAAGAUAAAAAUUUGCCCGAUCAUGGCACCCAACCCUACAAGGAUGCAGUAGAUCAAUUUCUUCAGAUAAUAGAUGGCAAUGAAUCAUUAAAAAGCUAUGCUGAUAGAGUUAUUCGAAAGGCAAAUGGGGAUAUUAGUAGGGCAGUGGAUAUACAUUACUGUAACGAAGGCAAGUCUGGUGAGAAUGAAAUGGAGUUAGUGGCUGAGGCAAACUCAGUUCAGUCCAACAGUUGUGUGGACAACUAUUCCGCUGACCAAAAGAUAAUUGAAUUAGGGAAGACAGGACUGUUAGCUGAUUCAUCUGUUCUGCUUUCAUCACCAGAUAAUAUAGAUGCAACUUCUGUUUCACUACCGCCAGAAAAAUACAACCCUGUAGAGCAUGCAUGCUGGAGUAAUGGACAACAUGCUCCUUAUUUACAUCUUGCACGAACCUUUGACUUACUUGAGAAUGAAAAAGGCAAGAUAAAGGCUACAUCUAUGCUCUGCAAUAUGUUCAGAAGUUUGCUUGCCUUGUCUCCUGAUGAUGUGCUGCCUUCAGUUUAUUUGUGCACCAAUAAGAUAGCUGCAGACCAUAAAAAUGUGGAGCUGAACAUUGGUGGAAGUUUGGUUACAUCAGCACUGGAGGAUGCAUGCGGGACAAGUAGAUCCAAAAUCAGGGAUAUGUACAAUGAAUUGGGAGAUCUUGGUGAUGUUGCUCAAGCAUGCCGACAGACACAGACUUUACUUGCCCCUCCUUCACCACUUCUAAUAAAAGAUGUAUUUUUGGCGCUCUGGAAGAUAAGUGUACAAACAGGUAGUGGAAGCAGUGCUCGAAAGAGAAGCCUGAUUGUGAAUCUCAUGCGUUCUUGCAGAGAGAAAGAGAUGAAGUUCCUUGUCAGAACACUGGUUCGGAACUUACGUAUUGGGGCAAUGAUGAAAACUGUUCUACCUGCUCUGGCUCAAGCUGUUGUUCUGAAUUCCUUCCAUAGCUGUAACCACAAAGGAACUAUAGAAAGUUUGAUGGAUAAGCUUCAGCGUCAUUCAGCAGCUGUAGUAGAGGCAUACAAUGUACUGCCCAGUUUGGAUGUGGUCAUUCCUUCUCUCAUGAAAAGAGGCAUUGGAUUCUCUUCAUCAACUUUGUCAAUGGUUCCAGGAAUACCAAUCAAGCCAAUGCUUGCAAGAAUCACAAAUGGUGUUCAGCAAACACUGAAGCUGUUUGAAAAUAAAGCUUUUACAUGUGAAUACAAAUAUGAUGGCCAGCGUGCACAAAUUCAUAAACUAGUUGAUGGGUCCGUGCAUAUUUUUUCACGAAAUGGGGACGAGUCGACUUCGAGAUUUCCAGAUCUGAUUAAUAUAAUCAAUCAAUCUUGUAAACCUGAUGCAUUAACUUUCAUACUGGAUGGAGAGGUUGUCGGAGUUGAUAGGAAGAAUGGGUGCAGGCUAAUGUCCUUCCAAGAAUUAUCUUCACGUGGGAGAGGGAGCAGAGAUGCAUCAAUAACAUUGGAUAGCAUAAAGGUCGACAUUUGCGUAUUUGUCUUCGACAUCAUGUUUGCCAAUGGACAACAGUUGUUAAGCUUUCCUCUGAGGAGAAGACGAAAGUAUUUGAAAGAAAUGUUUUACGAUGAGAAGUUGGGUUACUUCGAAUAUGCCAAGGAAAUGACAGUUGAGGCAGAGGAUGCUUGUUUAGCCAGUGAAGCGACAUUAGCAAAAAUGAACUCUUUCCUUGAAAAUGCAUUUGUUUCCUCAUGUGAAGGGAUUAUGGUGAAAUGUUUAGAUGUUGAUGCUGGAUAUUUGCCAUCAAAGCGUAUGGAUACUUGGUUAAAGGUCAAGCGAGAUUACAUAGAGGGAUUGCGUGAUUCACUUGAUUUGGUCCCAAUUGGAGCUUGGCAUGGAAACGGGAGAAAGGCAGGCUGGUACAGUCCAUUUCUCAUGGCAUGUUACAACCCUGAAACUGAAGAACUUCAAAGCGUCUGUCGUGUUAUGUCUGGGUUUUCAGAUUUAUUCUAUACAGAGAUGAAAAGUUUUUAUUCUGGGGACAAGAUCUUGGCCAAAAAACCACCUUACUAUAGAACAGCUGAGGUGCCUGAUAUGUGGUUCUCUCCAGAGCUUGUUUGGGAAAUAAGAGGUGCAGACUUUACAGUGUCUCCAGUUCACCAGGCCGCUUUGGGUUUAGUUCAUCCAUCACGUGGCAUUUCCAUUCGAUUCCCGAGAUACAUUCGCACUGUGACUGAUAGAAAACCAGAGGAAUGUAGCACAGCUUCUGAUAUAGCUGAAAUGUUUCAUUCUCAGACGAGGAAGAUGGACGUGGCUUCUGAAGAUGGGAGCUGAAGAUCAAAGAAAAAUUCUGUGAUUCUAAACUUACUGCUGCCACACUACCAUGUUUUCUAAUGUACAUGUAGGGUAGGAAGGGAUAGGUUUUGAAUGUAACUUGAACAAUUUGGGAUUUUACUUGUUGGACUUGUUCCUGGACUUCUUUUGUUAAUAUAGCCUCUGGGAGUCUGAGGUCUCCAGCUCUGGUUGUUAAAAAGAAAAGAGAAAAGAGAAAAGGAAAAAGAAAAGAAAAAA